CGGGUAAUCAACCAUGAAAAUCGUAUAAUUCCAAGGCAGGAACAAGCCAUGGCCACUUCUCUGUUCCUCAGAACCUCUCUCUUUCACUCGCUCUCUUUCUCCACCAAACCCUCUUCGCCUCCCUUUCCCAUCAAAUCCCACUCUUCCUACCUCAAAGCAGCCAUGGCACAGAGAAGCGAGAUUACGGAGAAAGACGAAGUGGGUGUCACUGAAAAGAAGAAAAUCUUUGUUGCUGGCGCCACUGGAAACACUGGGAAGAGGAUUGUGCAGCAGCUGCUGGCCAAGGGUUUUGCUGUCAAAGCUGGUGUUAGGGACGUUGAUAAGGCCAAAUCGAGCUUUUCAGAUGGCAGCCCUGAUCUUCAGAUUGUGAAAGCAGAUGUAACUGAAGGUUCAACAAAUCUAGCUCACGCUAUUGGUGAUGAUUCUGAUGCCGUAAUAUGUGCAACAGGUUUUCAGCCUUCUUGGGAUUUACUGGCUCCGUGGAAGGUUGAUAAUUUUGGCACGGUAAACCUUGUUGAAGCAUGCAGGAAGCGUGGUGUUAAUAGAUUCAUCCUAAUUAGUUCCAUUUUAGUCAACGGGGCUGCAAUGGGGCAGCUGCUCAAUCCUGCGUACAUAUUUCUCAAUGUUUUUGGACUCACUUUAGUAGCAAAGCUUCAGGCAGAGCAGUAUAUCAGGCGAUCUGGUAUUAACUACACAAUUAUAAGGCCUGGUGGAUUAAGAAAUGACCCCCCAAAUGGAAAUAUAGUUAUGGAACCAGAGGAUACUCUAUAUGAAGGUUCCAUAUCUAGAGAUCAAGUUGCUGAAGUUGCUGUUGAGGCAUUGCUUCAUCCAGAAGCGUCUUACAAAGUGGUGGAAAUUGUUGCUCGCAAGGAAGCUCCAAAACGUUCAUUUGAGGAAUUAUUUGGCUCUAUAAAGCAACGGUGAUCUGCGUGUUUGAGUUCAGCAUGACAGGGUACAUGGAAGGAUUAUGAUUCAUUAUCAUUAUCCACCUUUUAUAUGUAUGUAAUAUUAUAUAUGCAAAAAUGCAAUUUUGUCUUCUUAUGUGGUCGGGCAGAAUUCCUAUAUAUUUGUGUAGUCGAUGGAUGUAUUUGAAUCCUCAUCUUUUUGUUUCUUUUGGAUUGAAAGUACAUUGCAGGAGGACAAAAACACCAA